CCUAACCCUAAUUGGAGAUUGCAUUCACAUUGCGCUAUUAUAAAUCCACACAUCCAUCUCUCCGCCUUUGCGUAAUCACAACUCUACCUAAUUCCUCUCCGUUCAAUUCGAAUCGAUUCCUCCCAAAUUUCCUGUUUCAAUUCCUCUUUCCAGUUGUGCGAUCAUCCAAAACGAUUCACAGUUUUCCUUUGUGAAUGGUGGAAAUCUCGGGCGCACAAUUGAUGGUCAUCCCUUCUUCUUCUAUUCAAAGAAGAGGGGUUUCGCUUUCGACCGCUACCUCAUUCUGCUUCGGCUCUUGCAUGGAAGGCUGGUACUACCGCUGCCAAGGCCUCGACCCGUGAACGUGAACUCACUCCAGAUUCUAUUUUUUUUCUCUCUCCAAUUUUCCCCCUUUUUGAUUUAAUCUCACUCGUAAAAGAAAAUCGAAGAAAAAACAAUGUUGCUUUACAAGCAGAAGAAGAGUCAGGCGGCGAAGGUGAAGCGGUUCCUGAUCAGCGUUACGUUUCUGGGUAGCGCCGGUCCAAUCCGGUUCGUGGUGAAGGAAGAGGAGCUCGUUGCAGCUGUGAUUGAUACGGCGCUGAAAUCGUAUGCGCGCGAGGGCAGGCUCCCUAUCCUUGGAUCUGAUCUCAACAAUUUCAUGCUCUAUUGCCCGAUUGCUGGAACUGAAGCUCUGAGUCCAUGGGAGACGAUCGGAUCAAUGGGCGUUCGGAAUUUUGUGCUGUGCAAGAAGCCUGAAGCGGAGAAGGAGAAGGAGAAGGCGAAUGAGAGCGAGAAGCUGCCCCGCAAGGGAUCCGGAAGCUGGAAAUCAUGGUUCAAUAAAUCACUCAAUUCAAAGAUAUCUUCCCAUUGAGAUGGUUUUAUUAUCUAUAUUUUGUUGGUUUGUUUCGGCUCGGUGGGGAAUUGGUGUUGAAAUAGCUUGAACCUUUGGUUCUGGUUCUGGAGCCCUGCUUUAUUUUGAUUCAGUCACUUCUUCUUUUCUUCUUUUUUUCAAUUGUACUCUUCAUUGAUUAUACAAUUAUUUUGAUUUUGAUUUGUUAAUCUUCUCUUGUCAGUUGAACUCUUCAUUGAAUUAAUACAAUCAUUUAUAUUUUGAUUCA